GGGGCGAGGCCUGGGCCGGAAGCGUCGGGCGAAAAGGGAGGAGAGGGUUUUUUUUGCCGUGGUUCGGCCCGAAAGAAAGACAAUUUGGGCGCCGAGACGGUGAAAGCUGCAGUAACUCAAGAAGAAAGUACCAAUGGCAGAACUAUCGGCACAUUUUCACAGGUCCCGCGGUGGGCAACCGAGAGAGACCGUUCCUGACAAUCAGCUGGCCAAUACUAAUGUCAACAAUGAAAGACGACAACAGGAGAGCGGUGACCGGAGAGCUGAUAAUCCUACUCCAGCAACUAAUGGACAGCCACAGCAAAGGCCUAGACAAGUGGUGGAGCCAGACGAGGAGGAAGAGGAAGAGUUGACACUGAAAUAUGGGGCCAAGCACGGGAUCAUGCUCUUUGUGCCUGUCACAUUAUGUAUGGUAGUUGUGGUUGCGACUAUCAAGUCUGUCAGUUUCUAUACGCGCAAGGAUGGGCAGCUAAUCUAUACUCCAUUUACAGAAGAUACAGAAACAACUGUUGGGACAAAGAGCUCUGAAUUCGUACUCAAUGCUGCCAUCAUGCUUAGUAUUGUUGUCAUGACUGUACUCCCUGGUUGGCUUUAUAAGUAUAGGUGCUAUAAGGUGAUCCACGGCUGGCUCAUUGUUUCUUCUCUCUUUUUGCUUUUCUUUUUCUCAUUUAUUUACUUAGGGGAAGUUUUUAAGACCUAUAACGUUGCCAUGGAUUAUAUUACUGUGGCCCUCAUGAUUUGGAACUUUGUGGUCGGAAUGAUCUGCGUUCACUGGAAAGGCCCCCUCCGUCUUCAACAAGCCUACCUCAUUAUGAUAAGUGCUCUAUUGGCCUUGGUGUUUAUAAAGUAUCUUCCUGAGUGGACUGCUUGGCUCAUCUUGGCAGUCAUCUCGGUGUAUGAUCUGAUUGCAGUAUUGUCUCCCAAAGGCCCUCUUCGUAUGCUAGUAGAAACAGCUCAAGAAAGAAAUGAAACUUUGUUCCCAGCACUCAUUUACUCAUCAACAAUGAUAUGGCUAGUAAAUAUGGCUGAACAAGAUCCUGAGGCCCAGAAGGGAGCGUCUAAAAAUGCCACUUACAAUCAGCAAGUUACAGUGAAUCAAAACCAGAAUGCAGGUCCUGAGGUAGAUGAUGGAGGUUUCAACCCAGAAUGGGAGCAGCAACGAGACAGCAGGAUUGGGCCAAUACAGUCAACCCAUGAAACACGAGCAGCAGUGCAGGCUCUUCCUACUAAUUCCCUAGCAAGCGAGGAUCCAGAAGAGAUGGGCUUUAAGCUUGGCUUAGGAGAUUUCAUUUUCUACAGUGUUCUAGUUGGCAAAGCUUCAGCAACAGCCAGUGGAGAUUGGAACACAACUUUAGCCUGUUUUGUAGCCAUUUUAAUUGGCCUGUGCCUUACCCUGUUGCUACUUGCCAUUUUAAAGGCCUUACCAGCUCUUCCAAUUUCUAUCACAUUUGGGCUAGUUUUCUAUUUUGCCACGGAUAACUUGGUGCAGCCUUUUAUGGACGUAUUAGCUUUCCAUCAGUUUUAUAUCUAGCACCUUUUCAGCUCACCACCUGCGGACAUUUUAUUGAAUUUAGCAAAUAAAGGAGGGCGAAACUAUCUUCCCCUCAUUUCCUAAAACAGCUGCUAUGCUGGGCAUUACUGGAUUCUUCUUUGUAAAAAUGGUCUCUUCACCUGUGGGUUUCUGCCAUUGACUGCAGUCAGUUGCAUCUCCUUCAAAGAACAGCUGCAGAAAAAUACCGUUGUCCUCACCAGCAGCACGAGAUUGCUCAGCCUGGGGUUCCCCCUUGCACCAACCAAGGAUGCUCAGGAUUCAUCCACUGUUAAGCGGUAUGAUGAUAAAUCAAACCUGAACUGCCUGAGAAGUGAGGGUGAAGCCAUGUCAGCUCUUGCUAGCCUGAGGCCACUCUGAGAAGAGCAAUUGGGAGGAAAGAAUGUGAUCUUGUUUAAAGGGAAGGUGGGCGGAAUCAAGCAAAUAAUGUCUUGCACUUUGUUUUAGGGUUUUUUUUUGUAUCUUUUCUUUCCAAUUCUAAUUCUCAUACUUGCAGAAUAGCCUCUAUGCUCCUUGCAGAUCAGCACAGAACACACCCACACUUUCUUCUGCUGAAAUUUUUUGGGGGAAUUGUGGGUACAGUAGGGCAUAUCCUGGGAUCUUUUGUGUAAAAACAAAAUCUCUUUCUAUUAAGCUAUGUAAUCUAUUUCUCGAUAUCUCCCCUUCCUUAAGUAUGCUGAAUAUCCUUUCAGCUUUUAGGUGAGUCUUAUCAUUUAUACCACGAAGAGGUAAGAAACUAAAAACUAGCAAACAGCAGAACAUUGCAAUGAAUCUUGGUUACUAACAACAAAACAAAAAACUCCUGACUUCAUUUUUUUUUUUGAAACUUUUUUAAUCCUUGGGGACCAUUUUAUUAAAAAAAAAAUGUAUAUAUGCAUGCAGGUUGCAAUAUAAAAUUAAAAAGAAAGAUAUAUACUAUUUAACUGUCUCCCAGGCCACAGUGAAGUCAUCUUGUGGGAACGAAAAGUACAUCUCAAUUCAACAUACCUAUGGAAUUGUCCAAUAGGUUCUGUAAUGAUUAUAAUGUGGUUAACCUGCUCAUAAAAUCAUUCAGAAAAAAAAUGUGGGGUGGGGAAGGCGGCAAAGGAAGAGUAACUUACAUUUUACUGGACAAUAUAUGUGGUUCCUUGUUCAAAUAUCAUUCCAGAAAUUUCCUAAUGGAUUUCUGUUGAUGUCCCCCCUACACUCAAACACCAAAAAAAAAAAAAAAAAAUCAGUAAUUGGGUGCUUUCCUUGAAACCCAAUAGCAUAUAUUGCCUUUCCUUAGUCAACACAUCUUGAGAAUGUCAUCUUUUAGGCCUCAGAGGAAUUGGAGCAUUUAUACAUAUCUGCCUAGCUUCUCCUAAAGCACUGAUAGCCUCCAGCUACCUAUUACAUUCAGUCAAUAAAAUUUGAGAUUUAUCUAUUCAUGUAUACCCCACACACAAUGUUACGUUACUAUUUUGCUCAUACUGAUACUUGAGCGUCUUCUUUGGUUUGUGAAGCUGGGAUUGUAAUAGAAGACUACCAAAGGAGAAUGCCAAAGUCUGGUACUACUGCUAAGCUCAUCCCGAGCACUCUAAUAUGAUAUUGCACGUCUGCAGUGCAACUGCUGAGAAUUUUAUUGCAGAGAUCAUUUGAGCCUGAUCAUCCUACAGUUGCUUGUUAUCCACCCAUCGAACUCUUCAGUCAGCCAAUACAGAAGUCCGUAUAGCUUCCACGUGAAUUUCAAAGAGCUUUUGAAAACAUAUUUAUUAAAAAAAUAGGAAUCUCCUCUGGCUUAUUGAGCCAUUUUUAAGCCCUAAUUCUGAAGUUGUGAAACUGGCCAUUUCCCCAACAUAAUGGUCCUUGUAUUUUGAGAUUUCUAGAAUGUUGCCUCAAAGUUUUACUAUUUCCAACACUUUUGGAAGGUAGUUUCGGGCAUGUGUGGAUUUCAACAACAGCAUACACUGCAAACACAGCUCCUGUGAUAUAAUACUUCUUUGUGCAAACUGUUCUUUAUAUUAGCAAAGUAAUAAUUUAGAGCAGAAUUGCCUCUCCAUUUCAGUGAAGGACCUGCCAUACAGGUCCACACACGUCAUCUCAAAUUUUGCAGAUGUGAACUCCCUAUCUCUUUGAGAACUGAAUCGUUGUCAUACAGAACCUUAAAUAUGAGCAUGUGUCUGCUUUACCCAAAAUUACAAGGGCCAGUGAUCUUAACAAACAUAAUCAACCCUAAUAUUAAAUAACACCAAGUAUUCCCUGUGGGUUUUUGAGUAUGCAUCUAAGAAAUGUAAACAGGUUCACAAAAAAAAGGCUUGUUGCAGAUUUUAAACUAGACUCAAAAGCAACCCUUUGGACAUUUAGCAAGUAUCAACUGGGUUACAAAUAAUUAUGACUCAAUCCCAAGCUUCCUGGAAAUCAGUUUGAAACAUUAGACAUCAAUACCUUCUGAAAAGCCACUCUGUAUGUAGAUAACUGUGUUGAUCAGGCCCAUAAGAGUUGCCUUAAGACUCCCUUAAUACAGGAUAACUUCUGUUACCAUCACAUUGUUUCGGAUGGUUAUGGGACUAU